AAAAUUAGCUUUCUGCCCAACAACCUGCUAAUCUCUCCCAUGAGAUGGCGUCAUUGUAUAGCACACGUCAAAAAACCCUAGCUUUCAUUAAGAACUUGCCGAGCUAAACGUCGACAGCGCGAGGACAAGAAUCAACGACAGGGCAAAAUAGUAAACAAAUGUUACCGCCAUCUCCACGCGACAGUUUGGAAAAUGGGCGCUAAGCCUUUUGGCCAAAAGGCAUAUGAUUCUUGGCACGAUUUGCGCGGAACAUCAUUCUCAGAUUAAUCAAUCGAAGCAACACUGAAAAUCAAGACUAAGCUAUUCUUCAAAUGGCGGCAAAGCCUCAAACGCCUAGUAUAAAAAUCGAUUUCUGGGAGCCAGAUGCCGCAAGCACUGACAGUGGAGCUCUUAGAAAGAUCUCGGUGGAAAAACCUUGCAUGAACAAACUAAAACUCAAAUACAAAACCGAACGACUUAGAAGCUACAGCAAUGCGCUCAGGGAUGCUGUUAUGACCAACAAUCCCGAGGCGAUUCCUAGGAUAGUCAAAGAGGAAGGGGUCAAAGUCAAUGAGAUGAACAAAAAUGGCGUUCCAUUGAUUCACGAGGCGGCAUUUGAUGGAAAACUGGAAUGCGUGAAAGCGUUGUUAGAUUGUGGAGCGAAAGUAAACGCGCAUGACAGCGAGGACUGGACUGCACUGCAUGCAGCCGUCCUGGGUGGCCAUGUGGAACUUGUGCGUUUGUUGAUCCACAAAGGCGCCGAUGUAAACGCUGAAACAGUCGAGAAGUACAUUCCCUUUCACAUCGCGAUAGAGAAAGGUGAUGAAGACAUGAUCGCCAUAUUGAUAGAGGAAAUGGCUAAACUGUCGUCGUUUAAGGGAAGGAAAGGCUGGGGAGAGAAAGUAAUUUGUACCAAGAGGGAUAGUAAGCGGCGGUUGCAUAAAUCAGCGACUAUGUCUCUUCCGGAGCUCACGGUUGGCGUAGUAAACUAUAACAGCAUUGAACUCAAAUGGGGAGAUUCGGAAAAUAAUAACACCAGCAAGAAGAGAAAAUUAUUUCAUGUACAGUUGAACAAGGGUCGUGCGCGAAGCCCUUGUCCUGGCGGACCGACACUCGAUCCACUGACCAACUACCAGGGCUACAGUCAACAGUUUGUUUUCAAAGGCUUGGAGUCUAUGACUCAGUACCUAUGUCGUUUGCGAAUUAUGGAGAGCGACAGCGAUCGGAAUGGAGGCGGGUGGAGCGAGCCGAUAACUGUCUGUACACCGAACGAACCUCCGUCCGGAGCCGAGCUGCAUAAGGCGGUUUCCAGGCAAGACUUGGAUACCGUUCGUAAAAUUCUGGAAGAAAAUAGCGCGGUAGUUGAGGUAAUGGACAAGUUUGGAUUAACUCCUCUUAUGGUUGCAGCUCAAAAGGGAUUUACAGAUGUGAUGGAAAUACUCCUCGAAUUCAAUGCCGAUCCCGAAUACCCGAACACUAACGGCAAGACCAGCCUGAUGAUCGCCUGCUACGCUGGCCAAGAAGACGCUGCUAGACUGUUCCGUCAGCACGGUGCGUUGUGGGAAACACGUGACAAAAUUGGAUUAACCGCUGUACACUGGGCUGCAGACGGAGGCCAUGAUGAUCUCCUUUUAUGGCUCGUGCGUGAUGGAGGUCCUGUUGACAUAGAAGACAAAGUCAAUGGCUGGACACCUUUGAUGCGUGUUGCGUGCCUAACCGGAAACGAUGAAGUAGCGGAAGUUCUCAUAGCGAAGGGUGCCGACAUCAACAAGAUCGAUAAAUCCGGAAAGACAGUUUUAAUGGCGGCCUCUUUGAACGGGCAUUUUAACCUGGUGCGUUUGCUCGUCGAUAAAGGCGCAGAUGUGUUCCUCAAGAACAGAGAAGGGAAAACAGCUUUGGAAUUCGCCAGAUCGAUGGAUAGGCACAGGAUUAUAAAAUAUCUUGAAUUCCAGGUGGCAAAAGAAGAAAAACAACGAAAAGCGAAACAACUGGAGGAGAGGCUCAAAGAGACUCAACAGAAAUUGGGCCAAAUGCAAAUAAACCCUUGAACAUGAAGUUUUGGGAAUCUCCAUCCAGGGCCACUCCUAAGACUCUGAGAAGUGUCCCUUGAAUAGAGGAGUCUCCUUAGUUAAGUAGGCGGAUCCAAUGGAACCUCCCUUAGGGACAGUCAUAGUGCUACUAAAAGAGGACCUCGAAUAGAGGAGUCCCUUUCAUUAAGGUAGCAAGUUAUAACAAGGCUUUUGUUUCCCUUGAAUGAAACUCUUUCCUGUAUAAGUGUCCUUAAAGAAAGAUUCUUCUUCAGUCUUAAUCAUAAAAAUUUUUGGAGUUCGUGGAAGCUCGAGGAAUGAAUUCGAAUGUCUUAGGAUACGUUUUCGUGUUACAAAUCGCGAUUGUUAACUAGACAGAGUGUGUUCUUCAGUUUUAAGGUAGAUUUUUCUGGCUUUUCAGAUUUAACUAAAUGCUCAUUGAGCAGCGGAAAUUUAAAAAUCACUUCGUUACAAGCAGUCAUAUUGUUUGUGUCUGCUAAUCUUUUUUCUGAGGUUGUACAUCAGCAAGUCGCUCAAAGGGUUUCGAGUUUAUUUCGUUCAAUUAAAUCAUCGAGUAACAUUGCAUGA